UACGUUCGGUUGGGUUCUUUUUGGAUGCAACCGCGGUACAAUGAAAAUCUUUUAUCUGGGAAUUAUUAUUGACCUCUGUCAAAUCUGAAGUCACAUCUACGGUCUCCGAAACUGUGUGUGUGUGUGUGUGAACACCCGACUUGCCAAUGGCGGGCCCCGUGCAUCAACAGCCCAGUUACCUACUGGCCAGUUUGAAAGCUGACUGGACCACGAAGCCCCUGUUACAGCGCUGCCAAGAACUGGUGAAGAUUAUUGAUGACUACCCUUCAAAGGAGUUGCACCUCAUCUUCCCGUGGUUGGUGGAGACCAUCUUCGGUAGUUUAGAUGGCGUCAUCACUGGCUGGAACCUGCGCGCUCUCCAGAGCCGCACCAACGAAUAUGGCAUCGUCAUGGACUUCCUUGACCCCAGUGGGCCAAUGAUGAAACUGGUGUAUAAACUACAAGCAGAGGAGUACAAGUAUGAGAUGCCCAUCAAUUAUCUCCCGGGCCCAGUAAAAGCAUCCAUUCAAGAAGGAGUUUUGCCAGACAGUCCGCUCUUUCACAACAAGCUGCAGUUUCCCAUGUCUGGCAUGAUGAGUCUCAGUAUGUCGCUUAACCCUUUUGAAUACUACAUGUUCAAUUUUGCUUCAAGUUUACUUGCGCCAAAGACCUACAUCGCCCCGAUUGUCACCACCACAGACAAUGCCUACUUUGUGCUGGUUGACACCUACCUCAAGUACUUCCUGCCCACGGAGGGCAAUGUGCCCCCGUCCCCCUUCUCUGACACCAGAGGCUCCGUCUCGCCUCCUGCACCAAGGUCUCCUAAUGUGUCUUUUGCUGGCUACGGGGCCCACAGCAGCAGCCUGCUGAAGCGCCACAUAUCCCAUCAGCCCUCUGUCACGGCCGACCCUGCCGCCCAGGAAAUAUGGCGCUCCGAGACGCUCCUACAGAUCUUUGUGGAGCUCUGGCUUCAUCACUACUCCCUCGAGAUGUACCAGAAGAUGCAGUCUCCACAGGUGAAGUUGGCGUUGCUGCAGUACCGCCUCAAUAUGUCCAGCAUGCCGUGCCAACCCCUCGCCCCAGCAGGCCCCGGGAGCCUCCGCACCUACCAACAGGAGCCGUUCAGUCCUACGGAGGAGCACGUGCUGGUGGUGCGUCUCCUGGUGAAGCACCUCCACGCCUUCUCCAGCAGCCUGAAGCCCGAGCAGAGCAGCACCUCCUCGCCAUCGCCCUCCCCACACACACACACACACUCCCACGCCAGCCCCCUCGAGGAGUUCAAGAGGGUGGUGGUGCAGCGGUUUGUCCAGCAGAAGCUCUAUGUCUUCCUGCAGCAUUGCUUUGGCCACUGGCCGCUGGACGCCUCCUUCAGAGCGGUGCUGGAGACGUGGCUGAGCUACAUCCAGCCGUGGAGGUACACAGGAGAGAAGGUUCAGCCUGCAGCAGAUGGACAGAUCAGGAGUGUUCCUGACAAGUGGGCCUCGUUUGUGCAGGAGAACCUGCUGAUGUACUCCAAGCUGUUCCAGGGUUUCCUGAACCGAGCCGUGCGGACUGACCUGGUGAACCCUAAGAACGCCCAGAUGGUCUUCAGGGUGGCCAAGGUCUUCUCCCAGCCCAACCUGGCCGAGAUGAUCCAGAAAGCGGAGCAGUUGUUCCUGGAGCCCGAGCUCCUGCACCACCGGCAGCACCGCGUCUUCGCCCUGACCCCCUCGCACGGCGGCAGUUUCCUGUCGGCACGGCAACCUGUCACCACGGACACCGUCUUCAAGGUGAAGAGCCACGUGUACAGCCUGGAGGGACAGGACUGCCAGUACAAGCAGAUGUUUGGCCCCGAGCUGCGCGCCACUGUGCUGAAGCUGGUGCAGAUCAUUGCGCAGGCGCGGCAGACGGCCAAGCGCAUCUCGGACCACUCGGCGGAGGUGGCGGCCAACAACUCCUUCCUGUCCUGGUUCGGGGUGGGCGGCUCGGAGCCCGGCAUGGGCGGCGGUGCCUUUGGCGCCGGUAGCAGCGAGGCGGACGACCUGGGCGGCCCCGAGAACGUCAAGAAGACCCACGAGUUCCUGGACAAGGCGCUGGACGCCCUCUGCCAGAUCUUCAGGUUGAAUGCGGGUCAGCUGACCCAGCUGAUGGCCAGUGUGGCCGCCACUGAAGACGACAACUCCAAGCAGAUGCCAGAUUGCAUCCUGGGAGAGAACGGCCCCGUGCUGACUGACCUCGGCAGGAUGCAGAUCAUCAACGGCCUUCGCCGAUUCGAGAUCGAGUACCAAGGAGACCCAGAACUUCAACCAAUCAGGAGCUACGAAAAUGCCUUCCUCGUGCGCGUGCUCUACCAAGUGUCCUCCUUUGUAAACAACAGGUUUGGCAACCACAUGGAGGCGCUGUGUUCCCGUCCCGACGUCCUGGGCCGCAUCGGCAAGCACUACCUGACCAACGCCUCCGCCACCUCCGCCUCCUCGUCCUCCUCCUCGUCUGCAUCCACAUCCGGCGGCCGCAGCCCGGCCACGCGGCGCCUCCUGGAGCGCCACGCUCACCCCCGCCUCAGCCUGCGCACGCUGGCCAGCUACCGCACGCUGCUGUCGGGCCUCCUGCUCUACCUGCUGGCCGCCGCGCUCUCCUGCGGGCCGCUCUCCUCCACCGCCAUGCUGCUCCUGGCAGCCCUGCUCUACGACCUCCUCACACACCUCCUGCAGCACAAGGCCAAGGCACACUAGACUAGACUACAGGGAGUGGCGCGCGCGUGUGUGUGCGUGUGCGCGUGUGUGUGUGCGUGUGCCUGCGUGCGUGUGUGUACGUGUGUGUACAGUGUGUGUGCAUGCGGUAUGGUGUGCGUUUGUGCGUGUGGUGUGCACAUGUGCACGUGUAUGUCUAAGUAUGUUUGUGCACAUAUGAGGUGUACACACGUGCCCAUGUAUGUCUAAGUGUGUGUGUGUGUGUGCGCGUGUGUGCGUGUGUGCGUGUGUGUGUGUGUAGAUGGAGCCCCUAGGACUGAAGAAAGUUUUCUGAACAGUCACUCGAUCAUUUGACUUCUGAGAGUGCGAGCAUCAAGACCAACAUGAGGAUACAAGUUAUCAGAGGUCAUGUCAACAUCUACAGAGACUCUCUGAUCUUGGACGAUUUAUGUUAGUCCAAGGCCUUCCUUGACUGACGUUAUCCACCUCUUCAAAUUAGGAAGCCAAAUAAGUUAUGUUGAAGGUUUUUUUUAAUCAACUAAAGAGUGUAAAUCUGGUGUAUAAUGGAAGCUCAUAGGUGGUUGUAAGAUUUUUCUGCAUUUUUGCUUCAUGCUUAAGACUUGCGAAUGCUUUUGUGUUUACUGCCAGAAUUUGCACUUGAUUUUUAUAAAGAAAGUGGGAAAAAAAACUUCUUGUGGAUGUUUGUUUUCUUUUGUUGAUGGAAUAGACGCCUAUAGAAGAAAUAUACUCACACAUGCGCUGGUGUUCACUGUUCGCUCAGCAUUUUCAGUUAGCAAGUCUGAAAAAACUAUAACCGUAAAAAU